GGGUGGGACUUCCGGUGUCAUGGCUCUGUAUUUGGGCACGUUGCGAAGUCCCUCAGCUCGCUAGCACGCCUUCUAGGACUUCAGCCGACUGCUGGCCGCGUGGGAAGGACUCGGGGACACCGGGAAGCCGCGCAAUGGUGAUGGAGGCAGUGAGGUUCAAGGACGUGGCUCUCAACUUUACCAGGGAGGAGUGGAUUUUGCUGGAUGCAUCCCAGAAGAAGCUUUACAGAGAUGUGAUGUUGGAAACCAUUAGGAACCUGGCUGCCGUAGGAAGAAACUCAGAUGACCAGCACAUUGAGGAUGAGAAUAAAAUCUUCAGAAACAUUCUAAGAAGUGAAGAGGUAGAGCAAUUCUGUCAAUAUAAAUUAUGGUUUCAAUAUGGAGAAAUCGCUUCGCAGUCUCCAAGUACAAAUGUGCACACGACACUUGGAGUAAAACCAAGUGAAAGUGUUUCCUCUAGAAGGCCCUUGGUUGGUCAAGCAUCAGCAGACGGGCGCAUUGUGGCUACCACUGCACUCAAAAAAUAUGAGCAGCAGGGAUUUCAAGGGAAGCUGUCUGCUUGUAAUAGAGAAUUGAAAACCUCCACAAAAAUCAAGUUUUUUCUGAAAUAUGGAAAGAUAAGCCCUGGGGAGGAGCCCCGUGAACAUAUGCCAUGUGAAAAUUCCCUCUCUGAUGGCACAGAAGAAAAUACCACCCAAGAAAAGUCAGAUUCCAAAUCAUUCAUUACACCCAACAAUAUUCAAAUUGGUGAAAGAAAUCAUAAUGAGGGGAAUAUGGAUAUAUGUGUGCCACCUGGAGAAAGUUUUAAUUCUCAACACGAUGGAGAAUCCUUCACUAAUGAUUCAUUGGAUAGUGUUGAAAGAAGUCCUAUUGGGAAGAAACCUUAUGCAUGUGACCAAUGUGGGAAAGCUUUCAGCAGAAAAGAUCAUUGGCAGAAACAUAAAAGCACUCAUACUGCAAAGAAAUCCAAUGUGUGUAAGCACUGUGGAAGAAGUUUCAGCAGAAAAUAUACUUGCCAAAUGCAUGAAAAGGCUCACACUCUAAGGAAAAUCUAUGAGUGUAAGCAGUGUGGAAAAGGUUUCACCACACUCGCUUAUUGUAAACUACAUGAAAAAAGUCACACUGGGGAGAAACGCUAUGUAUGUGAGCAUUGUGGAAAAGGUUUCGUAACAUACAGUAACAUUCGAGUACAUGAAAGGACUCACACUGGAGAGAGACCAUAUGUAUGUAAGCAAUGUGGAAAAUCUUUUAACCGAAAAGACAAUUGUGAAACACAUGAAAGGACUCAUACUCUAGAGAAAACCUAUAUAUGUAAGCAUUGUGGGAAAGCUUUCAGCACACGUGCUUCCUUUGAAAUACAUGAAACAAGUCAUAUUGGGGAGAAAUCCUAUCUAUGUAUACAGUGCGGUAAAGCUUUCAUAACAUAUAGUUACAUGCGAAAACAUGAGAAGACUCAUACUGGGGAGAAACCCUAUGUGUGUAAGCAGUGUGGGAAAGCUUUUCGCACAAAAAACUAUUGUCAAGUACAUGAAAGGAUUCACACUGGAGAGAAACCUUAUGUAUGCAAGCAGUGUGGAAAAGCUUUUGCCACAUAUGGUCAAAUUCAAGUCCAUGAAAGAACUCACACUGGGGAGAAGUCACCCUAUGUAUGUAAGCACUGUGGGAAAGAUUUUAGCACAAAAUAUUAUUGUCAAGUACAUGAAAAAAUGCACACUGCAGACAGACCCUAUGUGUGUGAGCAAUGUGGAAAAGCUUUUGUCACAUACAGUUAUCUUCAAAUACAUGGAAGGAGUCACACUGGGGAGAAACCCUAUGUAUGUAAGCAGUGUGGGAAAGCUUUUAGCACAAAAUAUUAUUGUCAAGUACAUGAAAAAAUGCACACUGCAGAUAGACCCUAUGUGUGUGAGCAAUGUGGAAAAGCUUUUGUCACAUACAGUUAUCUUCAAAUACAUGGAAGGAGUCACACUGGGGAGAAACCCUAUGUAUGUAAGCAGUGUGGGAAAGCUUUUAGCACAAGUAAGGAUUGUAAAAUACAUGAAAGGAUUCACACUGGCGAGAAACCUUAUGAUUGUAAGCAAUGUGGGAAAGCUUUCAGUACAAAGAAGGAUUGUAAAACACAUGAAAGGAUUCACACUGGCGAGAAACCUUAUGAUUGUAAGCAAUGUGGGAAAGCUUUCAGGGCUUCCAGCUGUCUUCGAGUACAUGAAAGGACUCACUUUGUAUGUAAGCACUGUAGGAAAGGUUUCAACACCCUAUAUAGUUGGCAAGUACAUGAACAGAGUCACUCGUGAGAGACCCUAUGUAUGUAAGCAAUGUGGGAAAGCUUUCAGCAGAAAAGAUAGAUGGAAAAAUCAUGAAGGGACUCAUUCUGCAGAAAAACCCUAUGUGUGUGUGCACUGUGGGAAAGCUUUCAGCCGAAAAGAUAAUUGCCGAAAACAUGAAAGGACUCACCCUGCAGAGAAAGCCUAUAUAUGUCAGCAGUGUGGAAAAACUUUCAGCUCACAUGCUUAUUUUGAAAUACGUGAAAAAAGUCACACUGUGUAGAAUCUCUAAAUAUAUGAAAGAUUUUAGCACAAUGUUGUCAAGUAUGUGAAAGAACUCUCACUGCUAUGUGGAAGUUUUCAGGUCAUGUGCUUAUUAAGAAAUACAUGAAAGAAACCACACUGGGGAGAAACCCUAUGUAUUUAAGCAAUGUGGAAAAUUUCAGCACAAAAAAUUAAGUACGUGAAAUGAUCCACACUGCAGAAAAACCUUAUACAUAUAAGCAACGUGGAAAAGCUUUUGGCACACAAUUUUAUUGUCAAGUACAUGAAGUGACUGCAAAGAAACCCUAUGUGUGAAGGUAGUAUGGAAAAGCUUUCAGCAUAUACAGUUGAUGAUUAAUGAAAAGACCCAUGAUGAGGAGAAAUAGUAUGUAUGUCAGCAGUGUGUAAAAGCUUUCAGAACAAAAGAUCCUUGUAAAGGGUAUGAAAGGACGCACACUGCAGAGCCAUUUAGUGUGUGUAAGCAGUGUGGGAAAUUUUCAGCACAUAUGUUUGUGCAAGGUAGGAACUGACACACUGUUAUAAUGCUGUAUCGUAAACAAUGUGUGAAUGCAUUCAGUACAUGGGUACUGUCAAAUAAGGAAAUCUCACAUGGGAGAAAGACUAAAUAACAAGCAAAAUCCUUUCUUUGUGUUGUACAUGUCACAUUCGAAAGUGAAGAAUAAAGCUGAAAAUAUAAGGUGAUUUUGGUUGAGAUGAAUCAGAUGGGCUGAAACAUUUUCCUCUAAACAAUGUAAAACCUCUUUCAUUGCAACUGGUUUCAUUAAAUAGGUGAAAGAAUUUAUACUGAACAGACUCAGUUUGUGAGCAAUGUAGAAAAGUUUCUAUUUCCUCAACUAAUACAUGAAAGAAUUCAAAGGAAAGGAAAUAUAUAUUGCAUAUGUAUGUAUAUUUAUGGAAAUAUAUAUUCAAUAUAUGCACAUGUGUGUGUAUAUAUAUCUAUAUAUGGAAACCCUUUGAUUCUUCUUGAUAUCAUGAAGUAAAUGAAGAACUUCCUUUUUUUUUCUUUCUUUCUUUUUGAGUCAGGGUCUCACUGUGCAGUUCAGGCUGGCCUUGAACUCACUUUGUAGCCCAGGCUGGUCUCAAACUCACAACGAUCCUCCUGCCUCAGCCUCCCAAAUGCUGGGAUUACAGGCGUGAGCCACCAUGCCUAGCUAAGAACUUCCAUUUAAAAGUAGUGACAGUAACAUGUCAAACCGUACAAAUUCAGGAGUGUUAGUACAGAUCCAUAGCAUGAGAAAUCGUCAGUUUUACGUGACUUUAUUAAAAUGGCAUCAUACAGUGGAGAAUGACACACGUAUGUACUUUACAUGGGAACACCAGGAGUCACAUAUUUAAUCCACAUGGCAAAUACAUGUGUCAUUGAGAGAAGUCAUUAACAUAACUGAUGUACACAAGUUACCAGUUGCACUGCACAUAGGAGUGAAUAUUGUGUCAAAUCCUAGUAGGUGUACAGAGGUCUCAGUUAUAACUCAUAUUUUCCAAAUCCUUUGGUCAUUUGUAGUUUAAACCUAAAAACUGAGUUAUAUAAAAAUGAGAUAUCAAGUAUUUCUCCAGAACAUAGACAUGUAGAAGAAAUAUCCUAGUUUAAAUUUUGUAAGCUCCGUCUUAUAAUAGAUCUCUGGAUUUAUGAAUUUUAAGUUCAAUUUUUAAAAUACAUGUUGUACUGACUUAAUUAUGUACAUUCUUUUAAGCAAUACCAGUGGAGUUUAAUAUUGUUUGUUGAAGUAGAUGGUGAUUGUCUUAUUUAGUUUGCACUGUUAGAACAACAGAUGAAAUGACUGGUAUUUCUCUACAUGCCGUUUAGGCUCAUUAGUUUGGAGGUUUUUGUUCAGUUGCUUGUGCUGUGUUUUCUUUGGUUUUAGUAAUUGUGCUGUAACCUAACUUCAGAACUGAAUUUUCCUUAACUGUUGUCAUUUUUUUGCUACCUUGUAUUUAAACUUGCUGUCCACUGUCCAUUAUUGUAGCAAAAAUUUUUAAAUGAAUGUGAUAGAUUAUAAUUUUAAUGCUAAUAAAUUCUGUUUAAACAUUUUUAAACAAUGUGUAAAUUAGGAAAUACAUUUUUAAUAUUCUAAGAAAAUAACUACACAUACACCAACAUGAUUAUACAUUAUAGACAGUACAUAAACUUGUCUGUUUUUUCCUACAUCAGAGCUGCUAAUAUCGUAUGUCUACAAUAUCAGUAGAUAUCAUUAAAUUUUACAUUUUAGGCUCAUAUUGGCGUGAUUUAUUUUGAAGUUAAUUAUUCACUGUUCCAUCCAAAAAAGGUCUUUUAUGAGCCCCUUACUGAUACAGACCAACAGUAGUAUAUAUUUUCUCCAAGAAAAUACAAUAUUACAAUAAUUAACUUCAUGGUUUUUUUUAAUGAGGGAAUCAAACUCAGGGACUUGUGCUAGCCAGGUAGGUGCCUUCUCCACGUGCUUUAAUUGUUGAUAUCAUUUGUCUGCAAGAACAUUCUCAGGAAGUUUUGAAUGGGUUGAUGUUUGUUUUGACAGGGUGGUUUCUAUCCUGCAUUGUAAAGCACAGUCUUUGUUCCAUUUAUUUAUUUUUUUGAUCUUGCAAUUUUCAUUUCUGCUUUGGCAAUAAAUGUUUUGUAACCUCG